GGGGACAUGAUCAGUAAAGCCGGACUCUCAGUAUAUCUUUUAUUCGCGUAGAAAUAGAGCAACAGGCUUAAAGGCGUAUAUCCAUGGAGGGCAGCGAUUGACAUUCGGACAGGGAGGUGCAGAGAUGCGACGAUAAAUAACCCCCGCCAAUACCCCCCACCAAUGAACACAGCCGAGGAAGGGGACUGAAGGUACGGAGCAGUACUCACCCAUGAUGAAUUCGAAGGAUUUGGUUAGUAUCUUGAGAAAGAUCGAAGACGAUAGUUUGUAGGGAGGUGAGUUUGGAAAGAAGACUUGAGAGAGAGAAGGCGAGGUGGGGGGUCGCACUUUUUAUAGCCAAGUUCAAAAUCCAAAGGGUAUUAAUAGCCGCGGCGACGGAUGCUUCCCUUUGAUUGACUCAAAACUCCAUAUCGCCCCAUCGAACCCGCUUUCUAUCAGUAGUGCGCUUGCACUUGAGCAAUUUGACUCGGCCCUGUUAAUCACCAUUUAUGGUUUAUGGUCCACGCGAAAACGGUCGGCCUCGUGUCGGAUUCAUCUACAUGGGAUACCGAGGUACUGUCCCAGUUACUAGAAGCGGGAAGACGCAGAUAACGUCGGAUGAUCAUGUCUAUAGUCCAGUCAUUGCGCGGCCAAUGCUGAUAACGAAACUCUCGAUUAUAACGGCCUCAAAUAAGCACUCCCUACGAUUUGCCCACUAGCUGGCUUCCACUAUGCACACUGACGAGGUGAUCCGUCACAUCUCCUGCUUGUGUGGAGAAGCGACGCAGGAGGUUGUGUUAGGGACCAACACUUCUGUGCUUAACUUAUGUCAUUGUAUUGCGUGUAGGGCGAUCACCGGGCAACUAUAUUCUUCAUAUUACCUGCUACAAACUACCCCGACGAACAUUGAUCGCUUGCGGAAAUACGAACAAUCCGCCGGGACAAGUCGAUAUUUCUGUAUGACCUGUGGCGCCCAUGUAUUUGCUCGUGUGAGGCACACAGGCCAGCACUUCGUCGCGGCCGGACUGAUAACGGGGGAGCCCCCUCGAACCAAGACCAUACGGCACUGGCGGGCCGGUGAUACACAGGAUGGCGGUCUGACUUCCUUCCUUCCCGGUAAAUUAGAGGAAACAGUAUCCGCUUGUUGGCUCGAGCCCAAUUCCAACGGCCAACGACAUUUGUCCACGCAGAGAAAGACCGAAAUACCCCCGGCGAACGACAAGAGCCACGGCUUGCGAGCCGGUUGUCACUGUGGGGGCGUUGAGUUCUACAUCACUUUGCCAGACUCCACAUCCAUGGAGCCAUCCUCCCCGUGGCCGGACUUACUAGUUCCUUACCAUCGCAGCUCAUCGGAGAACGCCCAAGAUGUGAAAUGGUGGCUUCGAGAUGAAAACUCCCGGUACUUAGCUGGAACCUGUGCCUGCCGAUCGUGUCGGCUAGCUAGCGGGUUUCCCAUUCAGACAUGGGCCUUCAUUCCCAAAUCGAACAUUGUCAAUGCUAAUGGGUCGCCUUUGGAGUUCAAUGAGACUACGAUGCAACGAUAUGAAAGCUCACCAGAGAUCUAUCGAGAAUUUUGCAACCGCUGCGGCGCGACCCUCUUCUGGCAUUGUAAAGAGAGACCACUGGUGAUCGACAUAAGUGUCGGUUUACUCCAGGCCAAGAGUGGCGCAAGAGCCGAGGACUUGUUAGCCUGGCACAUUGAGAGAGUAAGUUUCAUGGAAAUGGCAUUGGAUCAGCAGUUGAUGCAACGACUGGAGUCCGGUUUGCGAGAAAGAUAGUCAGAGACUGAGUAGUCAAUAUUUAUCCCGGGUAGAAUUUGAAUUUCAUUUGUCCUUUGGUGGUUG